AUGUACUGCAGGCAUACGAACCAAAGUUUGCUCGAAGAAAUUUGCCCGGCGAAUGGUUUACGGUACGGUGCUAUGCAGCAUGGUACUCUACAGCUGGUGCUUGAUGUCGGCUGGCUUAGAAUACGAGCGCCAGUCUGUCUUUUGCGGUCUUUCCACAAAUUUAUCUUUCAUUGGAAGAUGGACAGUGACGCUCCGAAAACACUGAAACCUGCUGCUUUGGUCACUUCAAAAUGGCAUAAUCCAUUUCGAUGA